AUGACUGAAACGGAAUCAUUCAAUUAUGUCGACAUUUCAAUUGAGAAUCAUACAUAUAUCGAAUGGUGGACCAGUGUCUUAAUAACCGUGUUGUUAAUCUGCAUCCUUGUUUCAUGUGGCUCGUGGUGUAUCUACGCGGCUGGAAAGAUAAGCGAAGAAUCAACUGUUUACCACUUCGAGCGAGAAUUCAAACCGGAUAACGAUGACUCAAAAUCGAAAUAUAAACGGAAAGGUGCAGGGGCGUGUAGAAUAGAAAUCGAAUAUGAAAGGGAUCGGAGAGAUUUUCAAGCGUAUUUAGUGUUGGCUGCCAAAAGUUUCAUCGUUUGGGGAGAUUAG